AAAAAAAUUAAGAUUGAAAUUGAGACGGUGGUUGGUUCAUUCUCUUUUGUUCCGAGAAUCGUCUCGUCGUCGACAGCGUGUCUGAAUUUGAUCGGCGUGAACUGUUAUUAGUAAUGGCGGAUUUCCAGACAUCAACUCAACGAGCCAAGUGGAUCUUCACUCCCCAGAAACUAGUAAACCAUAUAGAAGAGAGAUAUAAAGCUGCUAACCAGAGGGCAGUGCAAUUGCUAGAGAAGUGUGGAACGACCCAAGUUGAAGUAGAUGCUAGUGGAUCACUAACUUAUCCCACGCAGAAAGUUGAUGCAGGAGGAGAUCAAGGUGAUAACAAGCUUAAGCCUUUGAGUGUUGAUGAGGAACGGUUCAUGAGAGCUUUUUAUGAGGCAAAGGUCCAAGAAGUCUGCAGUGCCUUUGAGUUUCCUCACAAGAUUCAGGCAACAGCUCUCCAAUACUUUAAAAGGUUUUAUCUGCAAUGGUCUGUUAUGCAACAUCAUCCCAAAGAAAUAAUGUUAACCUGUGUGUAUGCAGCAUGUAAAAUAGAGGAGAAUCAUGUAUCUGCUGAGGAGAUAGGGAAGGGGAUUAAACAAGAUCACCACGUCAUUCUCAAGUAUGAGAUGGCUGUUCUUCAGAGUUUGGAAUUUGAUCUGAUUGUCUAUGCACCAUAUCGUGCAAUCGAAGGCUUUGUCAGCAACAUGGAGGAAUUUCUUCAAGCUAGAGAUGAUGAAAUCCAAAAACUGGAGAGUUUGCUCAAAGCAGCAACAGCAGAAGCCGAUAAAGUUAUGCUCACAGAUGCUCCACUCCUCUUUCCUCCUGGCCAGUUGGCGUUGGCUGCUUUGCGUAUUGCAAAUGGGGUUCUUGAAGUGGUUGACUUUGAUAGGUACCUAGAGAACAUUGUUUCUCAACCGAACUCUGAGCACACGACUUCAGAGCUCAUAAAAUUACUUGAUGAAAUUGAAUAUUUGGUAAAGAACUAUAAGUACCCAAGUGAAAAGGACAUGAAGCAUAUCAACAGGAAGCUAAAAUCUUGUCUAGGACAUAGUUCUUCACAUGACGAGAGUAAGAAACGGGAGAAGAGAUCGAAGCACAAGUCGCAUAGGAACUCCAGUGAUACACCAAAGGGUCCACCGAUAGGUUGAGUUUCUCGUUUUGCCAUUAGCAUUUGGUAGUUUUAAUCUUAUUGAAUGUUCAAAUCCUCCUUAUACUUUUUUGCCGUAUUGUUAAAUUUGAGCAUAUCUGAAUCAUAAACUGGCAUUUUGUGUUAUAGAGACAAAAGCUGUAUCUGGCAACAAAUAUUGGCACAUAAUUUGUUUAUUCGGAAGAAGAUGCCAUUGAACACCUUCAAA